CUGUUGGAAAGCAGUGCAGUGAAAAAGCACCGUUCCUACGUCUUGUCCAUGUUUCCCUAUCCUUCCGGGACACUUCACCUCGGGCAUUUACGCGUUUAUACGGUCGCAGACGCGUUAUCUCGUUAUCGAGCUAUGCGAGGGAAUAUUGUUCUACAACCGAUGGGUUGGGAUGCUUUUGGUCUUCCGGCCGAGAACGCUGCCAUAGAUAAGGAAGUAUCGCCCGAGAUUUGGACUGAAAGAAAUAUUGCUCAUAUGCGUGAACAGAUGGAAUCUACUAUGCUUUUGGGCUUAGACUGGUCACGUGAGAUAAACACCUCCAGUGCUGACUAUUAUCGGUGGACUCAGUGGCUUUUUCUAAAACUUUAUGAGGCUGGUCUGGCCUAUCAACGAUUCGCUUUUGUCAACUGGGACCCUGUGGACCAAACUGUACUGGCUGAUGAGCUUAUUGAUGCUGAGGGUCGCUCCUGGCGGUCAGGUGCUGUUGUUGAGCGCCGACCUCUACGACAGUGGUAUUUUCGUACGACGGUGUACUCUAAGUCCUUGUUAGAUGGUCUGAAAGAAAUCGAAGGAAACGAGUGGCGUGAUGUCGUCCAGAUGCAACGAGGAUGGUUGGGAACACUAGAUGGAACUCAAAUUGAACUGGAUGUAAAUCCGGUUGUUUCAUCGGAAGAGCAACAUACCAAGGAAGAAUCGUGUGCUUUUGGAGUGACUGGGGAACGUGUUAAUGUAUUCACAAAGUAUCCUGGUCUCGCUGUCGCGGAUGUCAUCAGUCACAUUGGCGUACAUCCUGGAAGUGUCUACUUUGAGGAACAAUUCCGCAUGCCAGAAACGCAACGGGGAUUAAACACAAGUAGGAAGCUGAUUUUAUGCUCUCAUCAUUUGACUGGCAAUGACGGUUCCUUUAAACUCAGUCUUUCAUCCACAACCGCGGCUAGCCCCUGGCCAGAACGGUUGGCAGUUGCAGUUCGGCAUCCAUUCACCGGUCGGCAGAUCCCGAUGAUUAGACUACCGAAUUCCACUCAAUGCGAGACAAUGGCGUUCCCAAACCAGCUGUCUUUCAACCUCAAACCUCACGGAAAAUCUCUGUGUCUGACUGAUCUGCUCGAUCUACCCCCGUCUGAUACCAAGCUGACAUUGUUGAACUCAGAGGAUAAUCUCCAGCCCGUUGAUCCGGCCAGUGUUCCACUGGAUGAAGUUGAUCGGUAUGCGUUUGUCACAUCUGUGACCGAGUUGAACGGAGUAGCGGUUUCGCACUCAGCGGAGAAAGCCAUGGAUGCAUUACGGAGGUCUGGCAGAGGAGGCUAUUGGUCCAGUGAGUUGCGUACCGACUGGCUAGUAUCACGGCAACGCUACUGGGGAACUCCAAUCCCUAUUGUGCAUUGCAGAAACUGUGGACCAGUUCCUGUACCGGAAGACCAACUUCCUGUGCGUUUGCCUCCACUGCAUCGACCACUGAAACGCGGUGAUGCUCCGUUAAAGGACAACGUGGAGUGGCGCAACACCGUGUGUCCAAAAUGUGGUGAACCGGGAGAUCGUGAGACUGACACGCUGGACACGUUUGUGGAUUCAUCGUGGUACUAUCUACGUUAUCUGGAUCCGCAAAACCACAGGGAGGUGUGCGAACGGAGAAAGGCCCAUGGUGGUUUGCCGGUAGACAUCUAUGUGGGAGGUAUCGAACACGCGAUCCGCCAUCUGUACUAUGCCCGGUUUAUGGCCCAUUUUCUCUACGAUUUGGGUAUCACUCCCUGUCGCGAACCAUUCUCACGCUUUCUCCCUAUCGGUUUGAUAUUGGGGCAAACAUUUGUGGAACCGAAUACUGGUCGUUAUGUUGCUCCCACUGAGGUGCGAAAGUGUCAAGAUAGUGCAGGGAGAACCGCUUGGUUGGAGAAACGCACCGGAAGUCCGUUGAAAAUAACCUGGGAUAAGAUGAGCAAGUCAAAACUUAAUGGUGUCGAUCCGGCCGAAGUGGUUGAGCGUCAUGGGACCGAGUUGGUUCGACUAACUAUGUUGGCAAACGUGGGUCCUCACCGAGAAAGGAAGUGGCAAGAGGAUGGUGUACUUCGGGGCAUCGUCAACUGGCAAUCGAAAAUCGGCCGUUUGGUGGACGGUCUUGUUGAACUUUCGAAAACGAGUAGCUCAUGGGUGAUCCGUUUUGGGUUGGAGGACCCGUUGUACAGCCAUCCAAUUAACUUCCGAUCUGCACACGAGCACAUAGUUAGUCAGGUCAAUCACUGCUACAACGACACGUUCGUACUGAGUGCGGUGAUCGCUCGCCUUCAAGAAUUGACGGAUUUGUUACGAAAAACAGCUCAAUCCUCAGGUGGUCCCGGUCCGACCAGCUUCAUGUACCUCCGUGCACUAGCAGAUUUAAUUGUCAUGUUGGCCCCGAUUGCUCCAAUCUUUGCAUGCGAAAUGUGGUCCAGACUGCAAAUCGCAUGUAACGAAAACACAUCCUCCAACGUCUUAGAUCUGUUACGCUCGGUGGAGUCAUCUGACCACAAUGGUUUUCACCCACUGGGAACGUGGCCUUAUGAUUUGAGUAAAUUUGCCCUGGAUCAACCGUUCCCGGUACACAGUGGUUGUGCAGAACUGGAUAUCGGUUCACAGAAUUCUCGAAAAGUGGAUGAAUUCAGGUCAACAUCCAACUAGUUUUUGUUGUACAUUGGACUAUUCAAAGUCAAUAGCUUGUUUUGUACAAAAUGUAUAUUACAGACGUCAGCCCACACAAACCUUUCUUUCGAUUGAUCAAAAU